AUGUCUGCAAACCGCGGCGCCACAAUCGUUCUCAACUGGCUCGAACGCUCCCGCGCGCAACGCAUCGCCUGGCUCCUCGAAGAACUCUCCCUCACAUACAGCAUCCAACCCUUCAAACGCAACCCGAACGGGACCGCCCCACCGGAACUCAAAGCCAUCCAUCCACUAGGAAAGUCCCCAUCCAUAUCCAUUCAACCUUCCGACCCGGAUAGCAAGCCUAUCGUGCUCGCGGAGACGAGUCCGAUUAUGGCGUAUCUAGUGGAGCAUUUCGCGGACGCAGAGAAAAAAAAUACAUUAGUCCCGAAGCAAUGGGUGGAGGGGAAAGAGGGCCAACUGGGCGGUGAGAGCGAGGAGUGGAUGCGAUGGAGGUAUUUCGAUAGUUACGUGGAGGGGAGUUUGAUGAGUACGCUGCAGGUGAGGUUGGUUUUUGAUGCGAUGAAAACCGCCCCCCUCCCAUUCUUCAUCCGACCCAUCACCAACAUGAUCACGUCGAAAGUCAACGACGAAUUCCUGGACGGGGAAUUCCGCACGCAUUUCGGGUUCUUGGAGGAGCAACUGGCCACGGCGCCUGGGGGUGGGCCGUAUAUUUGUGGGAAGAAUCUGACGACGGCGGAUAUUCAGUUGAGUAUUCCGUUGGCGAUGGUGUUGGGGUUGGGGAUUGUGCCGCGCGAGGAGUAUCCGUUGUUGAAUGGGUAUUUGGAGAGGUUGCAAGGCGAGGAGGGGUAUCGGAGGGCGGUGGUGAGGGGGAUGGAGGUGGGGGAGGGGGUGGAGGGGUUUAUGUUGGAGUGA